UUGCAUGUCAGUGCUGAUUCAUUCAGAUUUAUAAUCUUCUCACAUUUCUAGUACUUUAAUAGGUAAAAAAGGUGUUACACUGAAGGGAUUUUCUGCGUUUGAUCAAGUUACGUGACAAAACGUUUACAGUUGAACAUUUUGGAAAUCAUUAACGGAUAUUAAAAGAAUAUCAAAGCAUGGAGUCACAAAACGAGGAAGACGAUGGAAAUAUUGAAGAUAUUGACUUGAAAACGUGGACAUCUUGGACAUAUAAAAUACUCCAUCGCAAUUACCAACUAUAUAUGAAUAGUGAUGACAUAGCUGGAGAUUUUUUAAAGGCAAGACUACAAUAUCACACAAAAUUGAAAUCUUCAUCCUCAUGCUGCGGACGACACAAUCGAGAGAUGAGCUAUAUUGAUGCAGAUGUAAAACCUUUUUUUAUAGACAUUGGUAAAUUUAUAAAACGUAUUUUGAAGGACGAAUCGUAUUCAGUUUACAAAGAUAUAAACGGGAGCGACAAAAUACAAAGAAGGGAUGUUUUAAUCUGGUCAGUCAUAAUAAAUAGACGAGAUUAUGCAAUUGAUAUAUUGAAAGACGGAUCAACAAUAGAGACGAAAUUAAACAAAGGGACAUGUAUAUAUGCAGCUUUGUUUGCAAGUGCAAUGUUCAAGGUUUUAUCCAAGAAGGCAGAUGCUUUAGAAAACAUGGAUCUUGGUGAAUCAUUUAUGGAGAACUCGAGGUUUUUUGAGGUUUUAGCAAGCAAUGGCAUAGCGGAAAUGUAUGUGAACGACAGAGCAAUGUCACAGAAAAUACUUACCCAACCUGUUGAAGAAUAUGGUUGUUCAAUGAAGACUGUAAUGAAGAUUUCUGCAAAUAAUAAGCUUAUGCUGUUUAUGGGUACAACAGCAUGUCAAACGAAACUUAAAAGUAUUUGGAGAGGACAUAUGUCUAUAUUAACGUCCAGAGAAAUGAUCUUGCUUUGCAUUUUCUUACCCUUUUUAAUACCACGUAUUAAAUUUUUGAGACACACAAAUGGAGAAAAACGUGAUUAUAAAGAACCGUUUUUAAGAAUUAAUUGGUGUGGUUGUACAGACUCAUCUAAGGGCAAAUUAGGCAUCAUUGAUGCCUUGUAUUUGUUCUAUAGUGCUCCGGUGACAAAAUUCUGGACAAAUGUGAUUUCAUGCAUCGUGAUGCUAUUCUGCUUCAGCUUCUUCGUGUUAACAGAUUUACGCCCAUUUACAGAUGGUCAAUUCUCGUUGAUGGAAUACCUUAUUUUCGGAUGGAUUUUAACUUUGGUAUUGGAAGAACUUCGACAGAUAUGUCAAAGAGAACAACGUAGUCUACGGCACAGACUUUGCAGCUGGUGGAAAGAUGCUUGGAACAAAUAUGACGUGUUCAUGAAUUUCUUGUUUUUACUGUCAGUCGUUCUAAGAUUUGCAUUGCAUCAAGAUAAUUUUAAACCUGCACGAAUGAUGUACAGCGUAACUCUUGCUUUCUUUAUCAUUCGAACAUUACAGUUUUUUUAUGUUGCAAAAAAUACAGGACCAAAGAUUAUAAUGAUACGUAAAAUGGUGACUGUUUUACUAUUUUUUAUCAUGAUUUUUGCUGUUGUUCUCGUGAGCUUUGGAAUUAUAAUGCAGGCUAAUCUGUAUCCCAAUUCAGAACUAACAUUUGCUCUUCUUAGAGAUGUGGUAAAUUUGCCAUAUUGGCAGAUGUAUGGUGAAUUAUUUCUGGAAAUCAUAGAAGGACAGGAGUCAUCAACUUGUACAAUGGAACCUUCUGUUUAUAAAAAUAGUACUUUACCUAGAUGUCCCGAGUCAACUGCAUUAGUUCCUGUUGUGCUAGCUAUAUACAUGGUGUUAACAAACCUUAUGUUAUUGAACUUACUUAUCGCUAUGUUUUCCAAUACAUUUCAGAAAGUGCAAGAUAAUGCCGUCUUGAUUUGGAAGUUCCAUAGAUAUUCACUUGUACAUGAGUAUUACGAAAGACCGGUUCUCGCACCACCACUGAUUAUAAUAAAUCAUUUAUAUAUUGGAUAUUUCGUUUACCAUAAAUGGUGCAAGAAGGACUUCCAACUUGACAAUGCCUUUGGAAUGGAUAUGCAAGAAAAGAAUAAAGUGGUUGCUGAGUUUGAAACAAAAGCAAUGGACGAAUGUUUUAAAUCACUUGAUGACAGGCAUGGAUCAAAAGUACCAAGGACAAGAAGUUAUUAUCAUAUGUCAAACGAUAACAUAGAAAGGGAUGAAAAACUGAAUGAAAUUGCUGAACUAUGCAAUCAAGUGAACCAGAAGUUGGCUGAACUAGUAGAGUCUACAGCAUGAGAUGUUACUAUUCCUUUCAAUGUGUAGAUACAUAACAAUAGAAAAGAGUUCGAUAGGAAUAAUCUUUACUAAACUAAUCAUGUGAAAAAUCAAUUAUCGUUAAGGAUUUUUCCUGAUCUUGUCUUUGACUUUUAUCAAAUAUUUGGAAUCCUCUGGUUUUAUCUAUUUAGUGCCAUACAAAACAUUGCUCGCUAACACCUACUUUCAAUUACUAUUUUAUAACACAUAGUUAAAAAAAGCAUUUUAUAAAAUCGUAUAAGUGGUUGCGUUUUGUUUAUAGCUUUUAGAAGGAGAAAGGUACCAACUUAGAUUGAUAAACAAUCUAGAGAGAAUCAUUUCCCGCCAAAUUAUCAAUUGAUUAUAUCUCAAAACAAUGACACAGACCUUAAAUUUUUCUGCUUUUAUUGUUCCGUUAUUAAUAUACUUUUAAUGAUUAACCGUCUUUUGAAAAGCUGGUUAUUUUGAAAUAGAGUGAACAUCACUAAAUACCGUAAAGUUAAUUUAUCUAACUUCAUCCUUUUGUUUAUUAUACUCAUAAUUUUCCUUUAAGUAUUAUUGUAUUAUUUGCAAUGAGAAACAGUUAUGAAUUUUUUUUUAUAUUUCAAAUAGUGAAUUAGUUCAGAGGUUUUUGUUUUACACAUGGUUGGAACAUUCAAAAUCGAUUCAUGUUAAACUCUGGUAAAUAAACUCAAAGACCUGUCUUUGAUAACGAAGCUAAUACAUUUUUAUAUUAAGUGAUAUAACGUGCAAUUUUUUUUUGCAAUAUAUGUCAGCAGAAAACAAAGUUUGUAUAAGGUAAACGUCUGCAAAUACAAUGUGCAGUAAGGUUAGUGCUGUUGUUUAAUUUCCCUUAAUACAAGGUUAAACAUUACCAAAUAAAGCCCAUUAACGCAAAAUUACAUCGAUCUUUAAAAAUCUAAACAAUAUAUUGUACGACAUGUCAUUUACAUUGGGCAUAGACGUUUAAUCUUCAUUUACCGUUUUUCAGUCAAGAUGGACCCACUAAAGCUGUCCUCAAUUAUUAUUUUUAUUUUUAAUGUUUGCAUUGCUGUUUUGUUUUAAUCCACUAUACAUUUUUUUUUUAUAUUUAAGGUCGAAAAUUAGAACCAUAGAGUCCCCGUUUAUUAUGAGAUACAUUUAACCUUCAAACUAUUAUCUCUUAUAUUCUGUCAUCAUUGGGUUAUCUUAUGUACUUAAUAACAUUUGUUUGUUAGUUGUUGGAUAUACAAUGAUAUACUUUUAAAUUCUAUUCUAGGCAUUUCAUCAAUUGUUUGAUAAAUAAUUCAUGUUUAUCUUGGGGGUUAUGGAGGGUUUAUAUUAGUUAAAAAUUGUACGCUCAGCUUUGCUCAUUUAAUCCAGUGCAUGUCUAAACAGUGGAAGAUUUGCAUGAUAACUUAAAAAUACACCGAUGUAUACGGUAUAAAUUGCUUAACGUUGAAACUUACAGUCAGGAUUACAAUUUAAGUAUUUAGUGCUAGACAACACUUUGAGAACACUUUUUUGUUUAAAAAACGAGGCGAAAGAUACCAAAGGGAUAUUCAAACCCAUAAGUCGAAAACUAACUGACGAUACCAUGACAAAAAAACGAAAAACGACUUACAGAAAAAACAAUAUAUCAAACACAACAAAAAAAAGACAGAUCAACACACACCCAAACAUAAAAGCGGAGGUGAUCUCAGAUGCUACGUAAGGUUAAGUAGAUCCUGCACCAAAUGUGGUACCCUUCAUGUUAUUCAUGAUGAAAUUUAUGUAAAAAACUUAAAAUUUAUGGCUUCCAUGAAGAUACUGUUGAUUUUUUUAAAUCAUAUUUGAGUGAAAGAACACAGCAAGUCCAUAUCAAUAAUCAGUUUUCUGACAAAAAGUUUAUAAAUUUUGGUGUUCCACAGGGCUCAAUACUUGGUCCCAUUUUGUUUGUUUUGUACAUAAAUGACCUUCCUUUACACAUCAAAAACUGCCAUACAGACUUGUAUGCUGAUGACACAACUAUGCAUACAUCAGGAAAGAGUAUUGCUGAUAUGCAAUUAAAAGUACAAGAUGAUCUCCAAUGUGUUGAAAAAUGGUGUCAUAAAAAUAACAUAUUCAUAAAUUCAGAUAAGACUAAAUGUAUGGUUAUAGGUAUAAGACAAAGGCUGCGUUUAAAUCAAGCAGAACCAGUUCUAACUAUUGAGAAUAAUAUUCUUCAAAAAUCAUCAAUUGAAAAACUUUUAGGUGUUAGAAUUGACUCUAAUCUGUCCUGGACAGGCCAUGUUAAUUACUUAUGUUCAUCAAUAUCAUCCAGACUUCAUUUACUCUCUAAAAUCAAGAAAUUUCUAAAUAUUGAUUCAAGAAAAUUGUUUUAUAAUGGCUAUAUUCUCCCACUGAUAGAUUAUUGUUGUAUUAUUUGGAGUGGUUGUGCUAAAAUGAGCUAGUCAGAAUAAUAAAAUUGCAGAAAAGGGCUGCAAGACUUAUUUUAGAUGCUGAACCACUUUCAUCAUUAGCUCUACUGUUUAAGCAGCUUGGGUGGAUGGCAGUAGAGAACAGAAUCUCAUACCACAAAUCUGUUUUGAUGCAGAAAUGCCUUAAGAACGAAGCCCCUGUAUAUCUCACUGAAAAAUUUAAAGAAAUGCCAUAAAUAAACCAAUAUUGUUUGAGGAAUGCGUCUUGCAAAAAUUUACAAGUUCCAAAAGCCAAAACUGAGCUGUAUAAGAAAUCUUUUGUAUAUUCAGGAUCUAUUUUAUGGAAUAACUUACCAACAUCCCUGAAAAAAUCAACCUCAAGUACAAGCUCAUUCAAAAAAGAUUUAAACAAUUACUUGUUGGAACAUUAAUUUAAGAAGCUGUGUAAUUUUAUAUGUAUAAUAAUUUUUAAAACACUUACUCAAACUUAAGAUAUUGUUGAGGUAAUUUGAAUGAUGCCAAUACUAUAUGAAUUUGUAAUUUUUACCUGUUUUGAAAAUUGUAUAUUUCAUAACAAUUUUUUAUUUCCUUUUUUCAUAUAUGUGUGUUUGUUUGAUAUUUUGUAAUUGUUUGUUAUAUUCCAUUGUAUUUCAUGAGGGCCUCAGGGAAGAUUAGUUUUAUAGCUAACUGUGUAACCCUCUUUAAAUAAAGAAUUAUUAUUAUUAUUAUUAUUAUUGAUACAAACCCUAUUUGAGUCUAAUUCAGUUGGUCACAUUCCAGGAAAAGAGGUUGGGAUUGUGGUUAUGCCAAUUUAAACAUAUUCGUCGUCAUCUAUGAAACAUAAAUUACAAUGACUGCUUAGAUUGUUAUGCAGUUUAUACAACGCCUUAGAACUAAAAUGAAUUAUUAUUUAUGAUCUUAAGUUUUCUUUUGAUAUAAACAUAUUUAGGA